AUGAAAUGGGAUGAAUAUCAAACAAAACGACAUCAACAACAGACAAUAAAGAUCUUUAAUAAUUUAUUUGAAGGCGAGAAUGAAGAAGAAAACAUUUUGCGUUCGUGUUAUCGACUUUUGAAGAGUUUCAACUUGAAAUAUUCGAGAGUUGUUAAUGUGCAAGUGAUUUUACAUGCAAGCGUCAAUUAA